AUGAUGAAUGUUGUACAGCAAACAUUUGCAAAGCUAAGCAUAGAAGAGCCAGUAAAGGGGAUGGAAGGAAAGGUUUAUUCUGUCAGCGGUCCUGUUGUUGUCGGAUGUGACAUGGUUGGAUGUGCAAUGUACGAGCUUGUGAAGGUUGGAAAUGAGGGACUAGCAGGGGAGAUCAUCAAGAUCGACAAGGACAGAGCUACCAUCCAGGUGUAUGAAGACACCAGCGGGCUGUGUGUUGGAGAUGUGAUUGUUCGGACAGGAAGGCCGUUGUGUGCAGAGCUGGGGCCAGGACUCUUUGAAAGCAUCUACGAUGGGAUUCAGAGACCUCUAAAAGAAAUCCAAGAAAGGUCUGAGGGGAUCUUCAUACCCAAGGGUGUAAACAUUCCUUCAUUGGACAGAGAGCGAGAAUACGAGUUUGUCCCCGAAGUCAGUGUUGGAGACUAUGUUGUUGGGGGAGACAUUUUUGGGAAGGUCUACGAAAACAGUCUUAUUGAAACAAAGAUUCUUGUUCCUCCAAAGGAGAGCGGAAAGGUUGUUUUCAUAGCAGCCCGUGGAAACUAUACCUUGAAGGAUGUUGUGAUGGAGCUUGAGACCAGCAAGGGAAGAGUGGAGAUGUUUAUGUAUCAUACAUGGCCUGUUCGGGUUCCCCGGCCUAUUGAAGAGAAAAGGAAUGCCACACAUCCAUUGUUUACUGGGCAGAGGAUUCUAGACUCUUUGUUUCCUUGUGUUCAAGGAGGGACUACGGCGAUUCCAGGUGCAUUUGGAUGUGGGAAGACGGUGAUUUCCCAAUCUUUAUCGAAAUACUCAAACUCCGAUGCAAUUGUAUAUGUUGGGUGUGGAGAGCGAGGAAACGAGAUGAGUGAGGUUCUGAUGGAGUUUCCGAAGCUGACAGUAGGAGGAAAAGAGGAUAGUAUUAUGAAGAGAACUGUGCUGGUAGCAAACACAUCUAAUAUGCCUGUUGCAGCAAGAGAGGCGUCGAUCUACACGGGGAUAACAAUUUCGGAGUACCUCCGGGACCAGGGGAUGAAUGUGUCGAUGAUGGCAGAUUCGACAUCAAGAUGGGCAGAGGCACUGAGGGAAAUAAGCGGAAGGCUUGCAGAGAUGCCUGCAGACAGUGGAUAUCCGGCGUACCUUGGAGCAAAGCUUGCAUUUUUCUACGAAAGAGGGGGAUCUGUUGUAUGUCUUGGAUCUCCCAAGAGAACCGGAUCGGUGACAAUAGUUGGAGCAGUCUCUCCUCCUGGAGGGGACUUUUCGGACCCGGUGACAUCGGCAACUCUUGGGAUUGUACAGGUGUUUUGGGGGCUUGACAAGAAACUUGCACAAAGAAAACAUUUUCCAUCGAUAAACUGGAACCUGAGCUACUCGAAGUACUUCUCAAACCUGGAGCCGUACUACAACAAAGUAGAUCCAGACUUUAUUGUGAACAGGACAAAGUGCAGGGAGAUUCUACAGCUGGAUGACGAUCUUUCGGAGAUUGUCCAAUUGGUAGGGAAAAACGCUCUUUCAGAGACCGAGAAGCUUAUUCUGGACAUAUCCAAGCUGAUAAAAGAGGACUUUUUGCAGCAGAACGGAUACUCGAAGUACGACAACUAUUGCCCGUUUACAAAGACAAGGAUGAUGCUUCGGAAUAUCAUUCUGUAUUUUGACAACUGCAAGAAUGCCAUAAUGAACUAUAGGUUCAGCUGGUCCACUGUCCGGAAGGAAACCGAGGAUGUGUUCUAUGGCCUGAUGAAGAUGAAGUUUGUGAUUCCGGGGAAAGAGAUGGAGUCUAAGCUGGACAAGCUAAAGAGGGAGAUAGACGAGGUGUUCCAGAGGAUGUUAGGAUGA